AUGGAGAAUCAGCCACAGAAAUUGCCUGACCGAACGAGGGUUUGGCAACAGAGAGAGUCUUCUCCAGCAUCAUCUGCAUCAGACAGAUCACAAUAUCGCGAGCCGUGUCGCUUGUCAAUGGAAUCACCAACAUCACCUCCAUUGAAAAGAAAACGAGGUGUUGUGGAUCUUUCUCAGCUACUUCCUGGAAAGCAGUAUCAGGAGAACCCAUGUACACCACCCAAUUCUCAAUCGUGCUCUGACAAACUGGACGAUGACUUCGCGGUCCGGCCUCUAAAGAGACAGGAAUUUGAGAUUGGACCUCAAGAUUCAUCGCCUUACGAUGGUAGCGACUGCUCAGAUGAUUACGGAUCUGUUUUAAGCCAGGAAUGGAACUCAGAUGCUGAGCAGCGUCUGGAAUCCUUACGAGAUUUGAUUCAUGGGAUGGAAGCAUCCAUGGUGAAGCCACCAGUCUUGUAUUACACGUGGAAAUACAAGCCAACACUUUGUUCGUGGAGGGUAGGGAAGUCUUCGAAAAGAAUUCGAGCGCAACAAGGGAAUACCGAGACGAAAGACGGAGGUAACGCAACCACUGACAAGAAAAACUCGGCAAAUGGCAAUGAGAAAGAAGGAGACCCGACCAACAGAGAACAUAAGAAGAAGAAGCGCCAGAAAGAGCAGGAGGAAAAGGACUGGGCUGAGGCCAGACGCCGGGCACGUCAACACUGGAUUUGUCACGUAUGCAGAGAGGGAAAUCCCAGCGUGAUCAGAGUUUACCAUGAGAGUACGCUCCUCUGCAGGGAGUGCGACCACAGCCAUGAAGGCUGUGUGAAGUGCCCAGGUCUUGGGAACCACUUUGAGGAGGACAUCGUGCAGUACAUGUAUGAUCAAAUGAGGUGA